AUGACACCAGAUGCUCCAAAACCUAUUGGACCAUAUAAUCAAGCUGUUCAAAUCAAUUAUAUGCUCUAUUUAAGUGGUCAAAUUGGAAUCAAUGCUACGACAGGUCAAUUGGUAUCCGAUGAUGUUCGAAAUCAAACUCAACAAGUAUUUUAUAAUAUACAAGCCGUCUUAAAUGCAGCUGGAUCUAGUUUAAAUCAAGUAGCACGCUGUGUUGUCCUAUUACUUGAUAUGAAUGAUUUUCAAGCGGUAAACGAAAUUUAUAAAUCAUUCUUUUCCUCAAUGGAAGACUAUCCAGCUCGUUCGACUUUUGCUGUCAAAACGUUACCAGCUAAUGCCAAAGUUGAAAUUGAAUGUACUGCGUAUACAACAAAAGAAUAA